UCCUCAGAUUCUACGUGAAUCUUGCUAUAAAUGUUGGAGUUUUAACAGAGCAACUGAGGGAGGUUCGGUGUCCUUAGAUGUUUCUGAUGCAACAUAAAUUUGGGUUCUAGCUGAUUGAACGUAACACACGUUAACAAACAACUGGUAAUCUGAAAAAAUCCCAACUGGAACAGUAAAUGAAACAGCAUUGACCUUCUGAAAAAAUUCUAAUUGAACAUCCCCAAUGUCGUCUUGUUUUUUGUCGGCCCAGUUACUUUCUUCUAGAUACGAAGUUUUGAGUUUUUAACUUUUAACAUAGUCUCCAUUUGACUUCUUGGCUAUCGAACAAGCCCUUUCCCUGCUCCGGAGUUUUAGAAAGUCCCCUCCCCACCGCCCUCCCCCGUGCCCUUCAAUGUUCUGCUCCGAGCCAACUUUUGUGAAGUUUUUCUCUGGAAUUUUCUCGGUAGAAAAAUAUAAAAGCGGUAAACCAUUGAAAUCAUGGGUAAAGUUUCCAGGGAUAAAGAGGGUGAGUUUUUUUUUCUUAAUUUCUUUAUUGGGAUAUUUGGUGAUUUAGCAGCCUAUAUCAAAGUUAAGCUAUUUGAUAUUCAGGAUAUUUGCUAUCGGAAAGCAAAAGAAGAAGGUUGGCGUGCCCGAAGUGUCUUUAAGCUUCUUCAGAUAGACGAAGAAUUCAACAUUUUGGAGUAAAGCGCGUGGUAGAUUUAUGUGCCGCCCCAGGUAGCUGGAGUCAGGUUUGUACUAAUUUAAUAAUACAGAAUAGCCCAAUUAGCCACCUUUAACUAAUUUUUCCUCAUUAACUAGCUUGCUAGUAAUGCGGCAGGUUUUGAGUCGCAAAUUGUAUCUUCCUGCUAAGCAGUCGCCUGCUUCAAAGUAAGUUCCUUUCUGCUUUCUUGUUGGUUUUUAUUUGCCUUCAAAAGUUUAUUUCUUUAUCUAAUGGGGCAUGCCAAUGCAUAUGUCACACCCUGUGUGAGCGACCGACGCCCGUGACACAUCCACCUUGAAGUCUGGUCUUCGGGCACUGCCUGCUCGUUCUUUCUCAAUCAGAAAAUUUAAUUUGCUAUUGACAUUUUCGUUUGCUUUUAUCAGUGUUAUCUGUAAAAAUGUGAAACUUUUUCAAACAUGAGGCCCAUGAUCUUUAUGCAUACUAAUACUACCUUCUGUUGUGACCGUAGAUUACUUUAUCAUAACUUGUAGGGAUGGUGAUCUUCCUCUUAUUGCAGCCAAUGGCUCCAAUUGAAGGUGUAAUCCAAGUGCAGGGUGAUAUAACUAAUGCCUGAACGCCUGAAGUGCACGUUAGGAGAUUGCCUGAAUGCCAAAAGCACUGGGACAGAGAGCCAAUUAUUAUAGGUAAUUAGACAUUUUGAUGGCUGUAAGGCUGACCUUGUUGUGUGCGAUGGUGCUCCUGAUGUUACUGGUCUUCAUGACAUGGAUGAAUCUGUUCAGUGCCAACUCAUACUCGCUAAACCUGUGGAAUAGUCUAUACCUGAGACAUUGGCUCAUUCAUUGCGACAGAAACCCGUGGAAUGAGGCAUUCGCAGUUUGUGAAAAUUAUUUACCUCCUGAAGGAUUCAAUCCAAAAGACUUGCAUCACCUCCUGGAAAUGGUGGGCAGUCCCUCUGGUGGAGAUGAUCUAGAUUGUGGUAGUGAAUGGUUGGAAGGGCCGACUAAGGUUUAUAUCCCAUUUUUAGCUUGCGGAGACCUAAGUGGAUAUGACUCUGACCGUUCAUAUCCUCUGCCGAAAAUUGCUGACGGAACUUUCCAGAGAGCUCUUGAAAUGAAGAAAGCUUCCAGUCAUGGUAUCCGAGACCUUAAAAAGCAUUCUUUGGAUUCUUGAUUUCACUGCUACUUGCCUUAAGCGGAUGGACAUAUUAAGAAAUUGACAAAUCCACUUCAAUAUCCGGUUAUUAAUGGAGAGAAAAUGAUUACUGUUCUUGUUUCAUACUAUGUAUUCUUUCUCUUUAUUUCCAAGAAAAGAAAGUGGAGUGCUCUCUCAUGGUGGCCUGUCUGUUCCUCAAACUAUCAAUCAUCUUAGUCCUUCCGUGGCAUCUUGUUCCAAACAACGAGUACUUUUCUUUUUCAUGGAAAUUCGAAUAAUAAUUCAAA